CUGUGACGCAAGUCCUUGCCAAAAUGGAGGUUUAUGCCAAGAUGUUAACAUGCAAACAGAAUUCGUUUGUGCUUGUCAGAUGGGAUUCUCCGGAACAGUAUGUGAAAUAGACGAUCCCUGUUAUCCAAAUCCAUGCCUCCGAGAAGGGAUUUGCUCACCUACGCCUAAUGGAGGGGACUUUGUGUGUGAUUGUCCACCUUCGUAUGGGGGCAAGACCUGCGACAACUUAGUGUCUCCGUGUCAUCCUGACCCUUGCACCAACGGAGGAACAUGCUAUGAUAUCAACUUAAGAACAGAAUUCUACUGCGCAUGUGCGUCUGGAUUUAAAGGGAUACGAUGUGAAGAUGAAAAAGAUGUUCCACUCACUACAGAAUCAAUGAAUGUGACGUUAUCAUCAUCGACAGUCGGUACAAAUACAACGGGCACAGGGAGACAGAUGUCUUCAAAUGUUUUCCUUAUAUUGGGAUCUUUAAUUUCAGUAACACUCAACAUGGGCAUGGGCCAACAUGUUUUCCAGUAAAAAAAACAAAACAUCAAUCUAAACGUUGAAAUGAUUGAAUGUGAUUGUACAAUUAAACCAGUUAAUUUUUAAGAUCAAUCUGUUGAUACAUUAAUAUUAUCAAAUUCAUUUUCUUAUGCAUUUUCUAAUGCAUUUUCAAAAUCUAUUCAACUUUCACUGAACAUUGUACAUUUAAGUCUCAGAUUUGUGCAAUAUCUCCUUAUAGCGGCCGUUUAAGUUGAAUAACCAUGUUGAUAUUUUUGUUGCAGAAUCAAACGUUUUUUUUUUAAAGUAAAUGUGUAACAAAGAACACAAUUAAUUUAUGCUAUAGAGUACUGACGUGUGACUUCAUCAAUUUUCACUUUUUGCAUGUCAGCGUUUUUUAUACCAUAUUUUGGUAGAGCAUGGUGAAAUACUUCCACAACUCAUAUUUAGUGGGGUCCGGUCCAUGAGGAUCUUAGAUAUGACCUCAUGAAUGCAUUAUUAACCCCACUUGAAUCAAUGUAUUA